ACAAAAGGGGGCGUGUUUUGGGAUUUGGUUGUGUAGAAGGAUCUCCAGGGUGGAAGCUCCUUGUGUUGUUACCUACAGUAGAUCAUACUCUGUAUGAGAUUCCAUCUCCAUGCGCUUGCUGUAAGAUGUUACAAAGCAGUUGUGGUGACUUUAAGAGCCCGUGGGGACGUGGAGAAGCGCUGAUGUGUCCAUACAGGAUCCAGCGGACACGCGUCCCGUGUUGAACCUCGCGCAUCACAUCACGUCUACACACACGCAGGAGGAGGACAGAGGAGAACACGGAUGGACAUCUGAAGACAGAAGAAUGACAUGUGGGAAGAUGGUCAUGUUUCUAGGAGUAUAGAAUCCAGCACACUGUGUGUGUGUGUGUGUGUGUGUGUGUCAUCCCGGGUGCUGACUCCCGUCCUGGAUCCUACAUCGCCUCCAUGGUGAAACAAAGGCUGUAGACAAAGGGUUUGAUGGAGAUCUGGUCGAAUGACAGCGGGAACUGUAGUCAUUACUGGAGGAAUACUCGCGACGGUGAUACUGCUGUGUAUCAUAGUAGUGCUCUGCUACUGCCGACUCCAGUAUUACUGCUGUAAGCAGAAUGGAUCCAUGGCACCAGACUCCCCUGCGUACUCUGAGGCCCAGUUCUCCUGCGAUGUCUGCAGACCUCCAGGCUUGGAUGGCUCCAGUGUCUCUCCCCUGUCUGUGUCUUCUGAAGUGGUCCCCAGCUCCUGCCCCACCUGCUCCUCCUUCUACAACAACUCCUUCUACCUCCGUAACAGGGACGAGACACGAAACGGGGCCGAGCGCGUUGCCUACAUGCUGCCCUCUACACACGGCACAUCGCUGAGCUCACACCCCUUCCCCGACUUUUACUGCAACACACACGCCAUCAGCACUGACGUCUGAGCAGCUGUUCCAGGUGAUCGCUGUGGCGCACGGGAUACCAUGAAAACGUUCCUGAAAGAGCAUUGGAUUUGACUGGGUUUUUUUUUUUUUGUUUUAUACCAGGAAGAAAGAAAUUGUCUGAAUGAUUAGCAUUUUUUUUUUACUCACCUCGCUAGCACAGACAACACUGAGGAUACCAAGAAGACAACAGAACCUGAUGCUUUCUUCUUGAUCCAUGUCAAUGCAAGUGACUUUUCCAGAUGAGAUACAGAUGUUUGUUGCUGCUGAAGCUUUUAGCCAAUUUUUCCUAGAGUGUUUUUGCGGUAAAAUAACUUCCUCCCCUAGAAACUCUGCAAAGCAGCAUCUGAGUUUGGGGAUCUUUGGAAUCUGGGCUUCCUGUCUUUAGAGAAUGAGGGCUAUUCAACGUGACUUUUCAUCUGUCGCUGCACUCAAAUUCAUUUCAGCUUUUAAUACGGAUGAGAGUGGUAACUAAAAGGCCAGAUCAUUGAGUAGUAUUGAAAUUAGAGCGAAGGACUACUUUUAGCUUUCUCUAUGCAAGAUCUAUUCUAAACAGGCAGCCAUGGCACUCGUUUGUCUCCUGUUAGAGAAUGGCAUGAUGAAAGUCUGAGGGCUUGGACUGUAGUGAUUUUUGCAUUCAAGUUAACACACAGAACGAAAAGCAGUUUAAAUAAAUGCCGUGUGUUUUUUAAAACAAGCUGUAAAGCAGCGCCUCUGGUUCACAAAGACAUGGACUAAUAGUAUAACGUCAAUAUCAGCUGUUUGUAGCCAUGUUUUUGGGAUGUGUGCUAAAAUAUUCAUCCACCAUACAAAUUCGGGGCAAAUUUACAGCAAUGAUAAAACAGUCAUUUCAUGCAAUCGAGUUCAAUUUGAUUUGCAUAGCGAUUUUAACAAUGCACAUUGUCAAAGCAGCUACGGGGAAAUAAAUCGAUUGGAAAUAUUAACGUCAGCAUCACAAAUUAGUCCCUGUAUGUUUAUAAUUAAUAAAUGAGCCAGUGAUGACAGUGGCAAAACCACCCUAAGAAGCUAUGAGGAAGAAACCUUGGGAGGAACCAGAAUCAAAAUGAUUUCGGUAUAGUUUUUCGAUAUCUUGUUGAGGUUCUCAGCAGUUCAGUGAUGAAGAUUUGAGUGCAAAACAGUCCAUGGAACUGUAGUCCAACGCCAAUUACACUCUAAAUCCAUUUUUACGGUUCUGGAGGUUAACAAUCCACAGUGAACUCAUCGAUCAUCAGGCUGUUCAUGUGGAACCAUCCUCAGCUUCAGUGAGUGGUUUCCAGUUGAAGAGAACGCCAUCCAGAGGUGAGACAUCAGGAUGAAUCAUCCAUGUCUGGAAAGAAGAAAGGGACAUAAUCACUGGAGUCUCAGGAGAAAAGGAGAGAGUGAGAUGGAGAGAGAGAUGGAGAGAAACCAGGAUUAUUAGGUAUCCUUACUGUUACAUAAUAGUUCUAGUUGAUAUUGAAGGCACCACCACAGUCAGUCACAGAUUGUUUUCACUAACCCACCUCAGAUGCAUGAUCUAAAUCUGGUGAACAUGUACUUCAGCAUUUGUUUGUAAACCAAGACCAGAUAUUUGAUCCAGGCGAAAGUGCAGAGCUGAGUCAGCACUUACAGCUGAAUCCAAAAGUCUGCUUAGUUUUGGUGCAAAAGGAAAAAAAGUGACAAAAUUCAGUAUACAACCACCAUCGGGCUUCACAGACUGGGUUUCUCGGUGUCACAGGUAACAAAAAAAUAGUCACAAUUGUACAUUUUAAUGAUUUAUAUUGAGAAACUAAUUUGUAUUUAUUCACGUUUGCAUUUCUAAUCCACCCACGCUUGCCUGCUUUGUUCCAGAAUACACACGUUUUUUCUUUCUUGGGUACAGUGCUUUUUUUCUCCAAAAGACUUGCACUCUACCGUGUCAUUUUUUUUCAUUUUUAGCAUGUUUUAUGUAUUAUAACACAUUAUGAAUUGUAAUAAUGGAUAAAUAUAACAUUCAUUUAUGAAUCUUUUUAUUUUCACGUAAGAAUUGAAACAUGGCGAAAGUUUUUUUUAUGUCAAGAGGAUCAUUUACAUGUACAGUCUUUUUAGCUUUAGAUUGGAACAUUUGAAGUGGAUUAAAACAGCAAAGCAAAAAAAAUAAAUAAAUAUUAAACUUUUA